UUAAAGAAACACAUGCGAGUGCACACGGGCGAGAAACCAUUCAGUUGCAGUCAUUGCUUGGCCUCAUUUGUUAAGAAAUGCCAUUUGAUAGCACACAUGGGAACGCACACUGGCGAGAAAUCAUUCAGUUGCAGUCAUUGCUCGGCCUCUUUUGCUGAGAAAAGUAAUUUGACAAAACACAUCCGGACGCAUACUGGAGAGAAACCAUUCAGUUGCAGUUAUUGCACGGCAUGCUUUGCUCGCAAACAGUCUCUAACGGCACAUGUUACCACGCAUACUGGUGAGAAACUAUUCAGUUGCAGUAAUUGCUCCUCCUCUUUCAGGCAUAAAAAAAAUUUAAAGAGACAUAUGCGAACGCACACUAGUGAGAAACCCUUCAGUUGUAGUCAUUGUUCGAUGUCCUUCCCCGAGGAUGUCACUUUAAAGAGACAUUUGCGAAUGCAUACUGACGGAAAACUGUAGUGAUGCAGUCACUGCUCAUCCUCUUUUCGGCAGAAAAGGCAUUUGAAGAAGCAUACUCUGAUGAACCAUGCAUUUUCACUCAGUGCUCUGCCUUUUUGUCCAGAAAAAGCCGUUUAAAUCAACGCAUACGACACACGCCGGUGUUUGACCUUUUAAUUGUAGGCUUCUCUCAGCUUGGUUCUCAUAAAUAGUUUCUCCGAGGGUACAUAUUCGAUCGCACACCGGAGAAAAACGAUACUCUAAUCAUUGACAAUUUCAAGUUGAGACUAUACAGAUGACGUCAUUUGUAUUUGUGUCAUUCAAGCAAUGUUAAUCUUAAUUUGUUUCGGAGUUCAUUUCCACACUCCCCAUCCGUCUCAUGACUUCGAUUUGCUCGUAAAAUUUUAUAGAGGAAACACGUCGCGCAGUGCUCUAAUUCCUCUCGUGGCUAGAGAACCAAGACAUAUUGAUUAUGAAAGCUUGUUUCUAGUUUUGCUUUUUUCCGAAGUGACUUUCUCUUCAUCUUAUUUUGUAAGAGAAUAUAUUGCAGAAACUUCCAUUUGAAUUUUCGAAUAUUUAUGGGCGCUGUGACAUCCCCCGUUAUUUUUUCAACUUAAAUCUUCGUUUUUAAGCUCCGGAAUAUUACAGAAAGUCCGAAACUCGUAUUAUUCCUGUUUAACUGGUUUUGUAAUCGGGAUGAGAUUUCUGCAUCGUAAUUUCAAUAUUUAGUCCAAAUGUGCUGCCGAGCUAAGGAAAAAUGGCGUAAUCAAAAGAAAUUACAUCCAGUGGCGUGACGUGCCUAGCGAUA